AUGAAUGCUUUGCAGUAUGUUGCCGUCUCAAUAUUCUUCGUAAUAGCUUCACCUUUUCUGUUGGAGACGAGUCAAGCUUUGGUUCCUCAUAGACAAGAGCUGCUGCAUUCAAGAUAUGGACAUUCGACAUCACCAGUUCGGCAGCGGCUGAACAAUCCAGCAGUUCUGAGAUCAUCUUCGGAUCCACUCCGGCAUGAAAUCACAAACGAAAAUGAGGGUGAAAGCGAAGAUGCCAGUCAUUCGGUAAACGUUGAAAUGAACAGAGGGAUAGACGAAGAUCCUAUCGAUUUCGAACCACCAAUCUUCCCAAAAUCUCGGCAGGAGACCAAGUUCCUUUCGGCCACACUCAAGACCAAUGUAUUGUUUGAAGAAGCUCCCAGCAAGACGCUGAAGCAAAUGGUAGACGCCUUUGAAAAGGUGGAGUAUCCUAUAGGUACUACUAUAAUGGAACAGGGGGAUACGGAUGCCGACUUUAUGUUGGUUUUGGGAAGUGGCGAAUGCUCUAUUUGCAUUGAUGGUCAGCAGCUCAAGGCUCCAUAUGGAACCAUGACUAAGGGAAGCAUGAUUGGUGAACUGGGACUUUUGUACGACUCGGAGCGUGCGGCAACGGUGAUGGCCAAAACAAAUGUCACCGCCUUCCGCUUGAAUAAGGAUGCCUUUUCCCACUUUAUGAACAGCCUUCAAACCAAAGAAGAAAAGGACAUAAAAAAAGAAUUACGAGAUAUAGAUUUGGCUAUAGAUGGAAUUUCGGGCACCAGUACCAAAUAUGGCGGUGAUAUCAUCCGACAGUUCAAACCGUCUCCAUUUUGGCUUUGGCGAAGGUGGUCUGGAACUGUUUUGCAGCACGCUUGGAAAGCAGCUGCCCUAAACAUGAUAUUGUCGGCUAGUGUUAUCGCUCUAGUGAGACACCACUUCAAACCGACAUGGGCUAUAGGAAUGAUACCAGACUCCAACCUUCCCAUUAUUCAAAAAUUUCUUGGUUUGAGCAAACUUUGGCAUUACUUGAUGAAUAUCACAACAUUCAUCCUUACCUUCUUCCUCAGCCAAGCGUACGGCAUUUGGAGAGAAAUGUAUCGGAUCAUGAGAAGUAUGCAAGGGAAAUUUAGUGACAUUGGCCUGCUCUUGGCGUCCACGGUGGAACGGGAUCACCAUGGGCAGUACACCAAAGAGGGAGAGUCUCUAUUGAACGACGUUGCUGACUACUCGAGGAUGUAUCAUGCGUUUGCAUGGGCUCGGGCGACCAAUAAAUUCAAGAUCAUAUUGAGCAAAAGGGGAAUUAGUAGAAUGCUAAGUCGUGGUCUCAUGACUGGAAGUCAAUACGAUAUCAUAAGCAGUCUGAAUGAUGGAGCGAAUGGUCCUCAGAACGCCUGUCUCACUUGGAUCAUGAUCAGGUGCCUGAAUGCCAUGAAGGCACGAACGCUUCCGAAUGAUCAUGCUGUUCGUGAUGUACUCUUUGAAAAGGUGCUCCUUAUGCGAUCAUGCUAUGCCCAAAUUGGCGAUUUGAUCGCAGGUCGCAUCCCACUUGCUUACUGUCACUUUGUGCAAGUGCUCGUAGACUCUUUUCUUUUCUUGGCGCCAUUUGCUUUGUAUGUCGAGUUGGGAAUUUGGAGCAUCCCAGCUGUAGGAUUGUUGACGCUCUUUUAUUCUGGUCUACUGGAUCUCGCAAAGAUACUGUUGGAUCCGCUGGACAAUGAUGGUUACUACAAGUCACGCGUAAAUAUGGAUAUUGGAGUCCUCAUUCGGGAGUCGAACGCCAGUAGUUCUCAGUUCAAGUAUAGUGCUGAGAAGCUGCCAUUUUCGACCAUUUUUUGGGAUACUCGGUAG